AUGGAUCUGCGGCGUGCGCUGGGCCUCGACUCGGUGGCACCGGAGGAGAACACAGUCCACUACGAGCUCUUCCCACACACAGGCACGCCUCACGCCUUUGAUGUGCGCGGAUCGGUCGUCUAUAGCCUCCUAGUAACUUCAAUAGCACCUAAAGCUCCCCUUUCGUGCACAGAUGUGGACGCUCCCCAGCUGAGAGCUCUGAAGACCUCCUGCCUGGAGUCCCUCCUCCCCUGGCUCUCCCAGCACAUCUGGCAGCGGGGCCGCUUCGACAUCCAGUUCUUGGCAUACUGCAUCUUCUUCCGAACCGCCUCAGUCAUCCUGCUCAGCAGGGUCAACUUCCUGAAGCGCUGA